UCGAUCCCCGCUAACGCCUCACUGCUGCCGCCCGGUUAACUGUCUGAUGCUCCGCUCAGAGCCGCGCUGCUGGCCGGUGGACCGGACAGUGACGACCAUGGAGCUGAAGCCGAGCAUCGAGUACCACGACCUGGAGGCCGCCGAGGCGCUGGUCAGUAUGAGCUUCUGGGGUCAAAGGUCGCACAAGCCCCGCCCCCUCACCCCCACCUCCGACUCGUGUGACUCCAUCCAGCUCCAACCGGAGCCCCGAGACCUGAUCGCCCUGUCCUCCCUGUGUAUGACUCCUCCUCACAGUCCCAGCUUCGCCGAGUCUUCUUCCUCCUCCCUAAGCCCCGCCCCCAGGACCGUGUUGCCCCGCCCCUCUCUGGGUGUUGGCCCCGCCCCCCUCCUCAGUGACUCCUCCUCCUCAGAGUCCUCAGCGCCUCCUCCAGCCGAGUCGUCCUGCAGAUCGAUGGCCACAAGUGUCAUCCGCCACACGGCCGACAGCCUCGCCGCUCCUCCGCCCGCCACAGGCGCCGCCCAGCCGGCAGAGACCUCCUCCACACCGCCGCAGUCCCGGACUCCUCCAGAGGAGAAGGAGGCGGCUCCUCCUUCUCCCGUCAGCCCGUCCUCUCCUCCCUGCUCGGCGUCUCUUCGUCUCUCCACGCCACCGUCUUCCUCCGCUGCUGCCACCACCGUCUCGUCCUCGUCGCCGCUGCUGUGCCAGGUGUUCCCGGUGAGCGGCCGGGCGGGGAUGAUCUCCGCCUUCGUGCAGGCGCCAGUGCAGGUGCAGACGCGGGCGGGGCCGAAGCCGCUCCAGCCGCUGCUGGUGGGCUCGGCGGUGCCGCAGGGUGCCGUCAUGUUCGUGGUGCCGCAGGCAUCCGUGUCGCCACCGGGCCCACAGGCUGUAGUCACCCUGGGCAACACCAAGCUCCUCCCCCUGGCGCCGGCGCCCGUUUACAUGCCGACUGGAGCCGGUGGCGGUGGCACCUCGCAGGCCGACUUCUCCCGCAGACGCAACUACGUCUGCAACUUCCCAGGCUGCAAGAAGACGUACUUCAAGAGCUCACACCUGAAGGCUCACCUCCGCACACACACAGGCGAGAAGCCGUUCAGCUGUCACUGGGACGGCUGCGACAAGAAGUUCGCUCGCUCCGACGAGCUUUCCCGCCACCGCCGCACGCACACCGGUGAGAAGAAGUUUGUGUGCAGCGUGUGCGAGCGGCGCUUCAUGCGCAGUGACCACCUGACCAAACACGCCCGGCGCCACAUGACCACCAAGAGGGCGCCGACGUGGCCCGCCGACACCCGAGACCUCAGCAAGGUGGCGCUCCCCAAGGGCCACAGCCGGGGCCCCGCACUUCCCGUCGGCGUGUUGGUGUCCACCGCCAACUGACGGGCCU